UGGUCACCUUGAGGUUCAGCACUGGAAGGCUCUUUGACUAGGAGUGCAAAGAGGACAACUCUGUCAUCAAGAUGCAGCUUCUGAAGACCAUAUAAUGACUGAAGUGUUCAUGUAAUCUUAUGAAAUAAAGUGAAUGUGUCUGGUUGAGUCAAAUUAUGAGGCUACUGGGGUGGAGAAUUCUGCAGCAUAUGUCUCAUGUUACUGAACAAGAUGAUCAGAACUGAAAUCCUUAGACUUGGAAGUGAUUACUAUACCUGUAAACAAAUUGAACGCAGUUGAAUUCCAAGAACCAUAUUAAGUAGAACUGCAGCAGGCUAUAGUGCAGUAUCAAUACAGCAGAUGGGAGGUAGUGUAGCGAUUAGCCUAUUGAGCUCAAAAGUCCUAAGUUUAAUUUCUUAACCGAUUGUUAAUAUACUAAAAACAUUGAUAUGAUUAAAAAUGAAACAUAUCUGAACAAGUCCAGGCCAGUAUUAUGAGAAACAUUUUCACUUUGGACUGAAUAAGCCCCACUUACACACAACGCACAAGGCAAAUGGCAUUCUAAAUAACGUACAUGGUUGCGAUAUGUGGGGCUUUCUCGCGACAGCUUGCUUUAGCCAUCCAACAUGGCGUCGUAGGGACGAUGUUAUUGUUGUAUUAGCUACGUUAAGCUAGCCAUGCGACGAUAAGUGAAUUCCUGCCGAUGUAUUCAAACUAAAAAAGAACCAAGCAUAACGAACUGUCUGUAUCAAUUCUGCGGGUAUGAGACAGGUCUGGGAAGACGAUGCUGAGAUCCACCGGUUUCUUCCGUGGGAUUGACUGCCCGUUUUACACGGAUAACGUUAGCUGCAACGGGAAAACAAAAAGCAACAAAGAUGGGUGCAAAAGACCUUACUGUCAUUUCAGACACAGCAAACAGAGACGAUCUUAUGUAUCAAAUGAGAUUAAAAAAUCAAAAGAACUUUACUCCAUACAAAAGGAGCAAGGUGGCUAUGACCCAUUCAACCCAGAGGUAGUGAGACCUGAGGAGCAGAAGAAUGGGGAGCCUGCUUCUGCAACAGUGGAUGUUGGUGCCCUGGAACUUGAAUUGGUUAACCGUGCCAUCGAAGAGGUACGCAGUGAGGUGGAGUGGGAAAAGAAGAAGCUCUCACGAAUCGGGGACCAGGAAUAUGACCCUACCAGCAGUUCUCCCAAAUUGGUUAUCAAACAGCCAAAACCAGUCUCACAAACAGGGGACCAGAAAUAUGACCCUACCACCAGUUCUCCUAAAACGGUGGUUAAACGUCCAAAACCACCGGCUGCUGCAUCUCACUUGGCGUAUGAUCCAGGCAGAUACCAGAUGACCUCAACGGUGGAUUACAACCCCACCCCUCGCUCCAGUAAGUACACCUUGGACCCUGAGGGCAAGAACAUCCAUGCCAGCUCCAUGGAAUAUGUGCCCACGUCAGUUACCAAAACCGCUGUGAAAAAUCCUACUCCUGAAAUACCCUCUUCCCCCACUAGUCCUAAGUACUCCUCUAAUGCAUCCCCCUCCAAGAACAAGUACACAGUGGAUCAUUCUAAACCAUCCACAGACAUGGAAUAUGACCCUCUCUCCAACUAUUCAGCUAAAAUUGCUGGCAAUAAUAAGAAAGACCAGAGGACAUGUGCUUCUAAGGGUGAAGGGAAAAAGAGACUUCACCAUUCAGGGACAGAGAAGCGAUCAACGGAUGAGGAAUACGUCCCGACCAUUAAGAAGCCUCGACAAGUGAUACCGGACCCACUGAAGUACACCGCCCGUUUUUCUGAGUCUGAUGAGGAAAGCUCUGGGACGGAGUAUCGGCCCACCUCUUUAAGCCGCCUGCAAAGGAGGAAGAGCAGCAGUGGGUCAGUUGAGGAGGCCACUGUUCCAGAUAAAGGGGAGAGGACAGAGGCAGCCCCGGUUAGGUUAAAACAACACAGUAGACAGUAUUCUAAAGAGCAGGAGGACGCCGCGCCCUGGGAGUCGGAGGACUCAGAGAACCACGAAGUAGCUAGGCAAAGAGACAAGUCAGUGACAGAAAAAGUGCCAGCUAAAACGAUCCAUACAAAGAGCAGCAAAGUAGAGAAGGUGCAUACAUCUGAAAAGGAGUCAAGUAAAAGGACUGGUGUUGGUGGUGGGGGCAGCGGUAAAGAGAAAGUAGCAGGGGAUGGUAAGAAAAAAUCUGAUUCAAAGAAAUUAAUCCAUGAAUCUGACAAAAAGGACAGCAAGAAUCAGGCAAAGAAGGAUGAGAAAAGAAAGAUGAAGGAUAAAUCCAUAGACAAAAGCAAGAAAGAGGGAAAGGAAGAAAAAAGAGGCGACGGAAAGAGUAAGAUCAGGGCAGACAAAGCAAAAGGAGUGUCAAGUAAGAGAGAAAAGGGGGAUGGUGACAAUAAAACAUCCAAGAUUUCAGACAAGGAAAAGGGCUCUUCUAAAUUGAAUGAACACAAGAAUGGUAAUCAUGACAGCAGUGGAAAAGAGAAGGACCCCAAGAAAGUUGGGAAAGCGAGUUCCAACAGCAGUAAAUGCAAGGUGAAGAAAAGUGACAGCAGCUCCCCCAAUGGCAAGACGGGUAAGGUGAAACAAAGAUCUCUGAGUCACGUUGAUCUGUUUGGGGAUGAAAGUGCAGAUGACAAAAGUGAGGAGGAGGAGGAGGAGGAAACAAUUGUGAGGAAGUCAGCUGCUGCUUUCAAGAGAGGCAGUUUAAAUAAGAGGAAGGUCUCUGAGCUCACCCCCUCAUCCUCCGAGGAUGAGGACGCUGGUGCGGAAGAUGACAGGGGCUAUGAUGACACGUAUGGUGUGCGUGUGGACUACUCCGGUCUGCAGGUGGAUCUGGACUUUGACCUCGAUGAUGAUCCAAUGGAAGAGUGCUUACGGAUCUUCAAUGAGUCCAAGGAUAUUAAGACUGAGGACAAGGGAAGACAAUUGAAGCUCUCUAAAGAUUCAGAGGAUGAAGAGGCCACAGAUAACAAUCUGACCACUCUCUUUCCUGGUCAGAAGAAGAGGGUUUCACAUUUUUCUGCAAAAGGAAGUACUGAGGUGACCCCGAAGCCUCCGCCAUACAGGAGGCUUACUGCCCAAGAGAUCUGUUACCAGCGCAUGCAGAUUGCCCAGCAGCAGGCUGCCCAGCUUGCUGCAGCCGUUAAGACCGCCUCUGCCACCGCACCCAGACCCAGGCCCACCUCGAACCCCUUCCCCGGGGAGAGGAAGAGAGUAGCGCACCGCCCCACCCCUUUACCAUCCUCCUCCAAGUCCGCUGCAGGGCUUGCAGAGGCUAAGCCAGCGGGCAGCAGAGUGUUGUCUCCGGUGAGGACCCUCCCAGGAGGCCUGUCUGUGAAGGCCCAAACAUCAGCUGGAAUCCUGUCAAAGACCACCACCACUGUCGUACAGAAGAGAGUGGCACACACUCCCACAAUGAAGAGCUCUGCAAUGAGGCGUCCUGUGAUUCCCACCGAGUUUGGGGCGAAAGUGCCCACUAACAUCCGUCAGCGCUACCUCAACAACUUUAUAGAUGAGUUUCUGAAAUUCUGCCCCUCUGAAGACUUGGCCUUCCAAAUGGCCUUGGAAGAGGAGAAGGUGGUGUAUGACCGGAGCAGCAGUAAGAACAUCUACCUCAAUGUGGCAGUCAACACACUGAAAAAACUGCGCAGCAAGAGCAGCGCCCCGGUUCCAGCCGUUGCCAUGCCUAAUCAGCCAGCCCGUCUCACAGGGAGCCCCGCAGUGGCGGGGAACAGGAAGGCCCAGUCCCAUGAGGAGGUGCUUGGGGGACGGCUCGCAGCCAAGACCAGCUUCACCAUCAACAGGACCGGCAAGCAGCUGGAGGAGAAACUCAGCGGUGUCAUUCUGUACAGGAAACUAAAGGACUAUCUGAUGACGGAGGAACAACUUAAGGAGCAUGGAUACCCUAGGCCACAUCCUGAACGCUCUGGUAGAGCGGUGGUUCACAAUCUACCAGAGAAGAAGAAUGUUGAUGCAUUUUCCAAGGUGUGCUGUCGAUGUGGGGCAGAGUAUAAGAUCAACGCCAAUGGUGGCUGUGUUCGCAAGGAAGAGUGCCAUCACCACUGGGGCCGUCUGCGGAGACAUAAAGUAUCAGGAGGCUGGGAGACCAACUACAACUGCUGUUCCGGGGCCGUGGGCUCUCCAGGCUGCUCAGUGUCUACGCAACAUGUUCAAGAUGGACGCAAAGAGUCUCUGGACGGCUUUGUUCAGACCUUUGAGAAACAGCUGCCCGCGGAUGGCAACGGGGGUGUCUACGCCCUGGACUGUGAGAUGUGCUACACAAAGCAGGGUCUGGAGCUGACCCGGGUGACCGUCAUCAACUCUGAGCUGAAAGUCAUCUACGACACGUUCGUCAAACCUGAGAGCAAAGUGGUGGACUACAACACACGGUUUUCGGGUGUAACAGAGGAGGACCUAGAGAACGCCACCAUCACCCUGAGAGAUGUGCAGGCGGUGAUGCUCAACAUGUUCAAUGCUGAGUCCAUCCUGAUAGGGCACAGCCUGGAGAGUGACCUGUUUGCCCUCAAGAUCAUUCACAGUACUGUAGUGGACACGGCCAUCAUUUUCCCCCAUCGCCUGGGCUUGCCUUACAAACGGGCCCUGAGGAACCUUAUGGCAGACCAUCUCAAACGCAUCAUACAGGACAGUGUCGACGGCCAUGACUCCAGUGAGGACGCUUGCGCCUGCAUGCAGCUCAUGAUGUGGAAGAUCCGUGAAGACGCCAAGGUGAAGAGAUGACCUCUGCACUCCCUGUUCUUCCUCCCCCUAGCCGGACUUCUGUGGUGAGAGGGAAUGCAAAGGCCCAGGGGGAGAACGGUUUGUCUGCGAGGCCAGCAGCUCGGCACUUGAGUUCCCCCGAGUGCGUGGCGUCUUGACAGUGACAGAGCGAGGCGGCGAGAAGGGGCUCCCCAGAAGAGAUCCGCACAGGCGACAAAGUCACUGUUAACAGAUGCAGCUCGGCCUUGUUAGAGUUAAACGGAGCAGGAGCCCUACAUAGAGCAUGGAGGGCAGGAAUCAGUGUUUUUAUUUACAGUUCAAGUUUAUUUAGGAGAUCCAAUAAUUGUCACCAGUUUCUGUUGGUAUGCAUUCUCCCCCCCACCCCCCCCCCCCCCCACAAUCUAUUUUUGAAACAUUGGGGUUGGGGGGUGUUCGGUGGACAUUAAGUUACAUUGAAGUUUCUUGUCAAAUAAACAUUUAAAGAAAAUGAAGUGGACAGACCUGUCAAGAAAGUGAUUAUGUUUGAGUUAUGGUGACAAUGCUUUAGCUGCAUCCUUGGCCCAACUUGCACUAUAUAAAUGCUCUCUUUUUGUAUUGGGCAAAAAGUACCUCAUCUGCGUUGUUGAAUGAAUACAGUACUUACGACUAAAGACGUUGUGCAUUGUUGUCUAGACAUGGCUAUUCUCAGACACAAUGUUACCAUCCGACUUGCACAUCAAACUGCACUUGGUGCCUCGAUGUUGGUGUUUAGACACUGUACCACAUCGUUACUGUAAUGACAUUAAAUGUGGUUAAUCUCUUAGUAUUUUGGUGUCUCUCAAACUUGAUUCAUCACGACAGACUUGGUCAGCCACCAAAAGCUAAAUGAGUGUCUACAAUUGUACUUGUAGAGUUGAUUUAGAGGUUGUGUUGAAUCAUCAGAUUAUAUCUCAGUGUUCUGUGCACUGCAUGAACGUGAACUUAGGCUACUUUUAUACUCACACAACUUAUUACUUCCAGGAUAUUUAGAAAAAUGAUGUCCAUGUUAUGCAGCAAUUAGUUAUUCAAUGCAGUCAGAUAUUAAAAUGUUUAAAUUAACUAAUGCCUAUGCAUUUAUGUUAAAUAUGGUAUAACAUUAUGGUUAAAAAAAAACUUGUGCUGUAAAUAUGCUGUAAGUUUUUUCUUUUUGUAUUUGUUUAU